GUCACCGCCAAACGGUGUCCAACUCGGGCAGCAAGUCGACUUUGAUCGUCGAGGAAUGACAAUGGGCACCAACGAGGACUGGCAGAGCGGCACAAGCCACAUCGGAGGAGCCAAAACUCAUUCACAGCUCGAGGACCGUCAGAACGAGCAGGCAGACACUGAGGCAACUCAGAGUUCUUAUCAAGGACUGGAGUUGGACCGCCCAAGAAACUCCAGAGCCAGAUCGAAGAGAUAUUCACCAGGGUUGGAUGAACAGUUUCAUAUGGACCGUGCGAACGAAGCCCCGCAACAGGCUGACGCCCCCGCGCACAGCAUUGCAGGUGAUGGAGGUCAUGAUUUGCAGCAACGCUUCCGAGCUCCGGCCAGCGUGGAUGAAGAUGUCAGGCAGCAAGGGGCUCCACCACUAGGUGACGAGCCAGCAGCCGCUCAAGUUGACCGCGGUGAUGAUGCCCAGGAUGGCCAGGAUGUUACAAACGAUGGACGUGAGCCGAUUUCAGAAGGCUACGCGAGCUUGAGGGCUCAAAUGGCUCAGUCUCCAAGUGUGCAGACGCCAAGCCUGGGAGUUGCAGAUGUUGCGCCCCGGCCAGAUGGUGGAGAGCCCGCAGAUGAGCCAACGCAAAGCCAGGCAGCCACUGCUGUAGACGAGGAAGGUGAGCCAGCACAAAGCCAAGCGGCCACUACUGUGGACGAUGAAGUUCUUGCGGGUGAGUCAACGCAAAGCCAAGCGGCCGAUGAGCCAGCACAAAGCCAGGCGGCCACGACCGCCGCGGACGGUGAAGCCGCUGCAGGUGAGCCAACACAAAGCCAAGUGGCCGAUGAGCCAAUACCAAGCCAGGCGGCCUCUACGACAGACGAUGAAGCCCCUGCAGGUGAGCCAACACAAAGCCAAGUGGCCGAUGAGCCAACACAAAGUCAGGCGGCCACUACAGCAGACAAUGAAGCCCCUGCUGGUGAGCCAACACAAAGCCAAGUGGCCGAUGAGCCAAUACCAAGCCAGGCGGCCUCCUCUACGACAGACGAUGAAGCCCCUGCAGGUGAGCCAACACAAAGCCAAGCGGCCGAGGAGCCAGCACAGAGUCAGGCAGCCACUACCGCGGAUGGGGAAGCCCCCACGAUUGAGCCAACACAAAACCACACCACCGCAGCUAUUACAGAAGACGCAGCAUCGGCAGAUGUACGAGCAAAUGGCCAGACGGCAACUGCUGCAGAAGGUGAAGCCUUUGUAGCUCGGCCGGCAAGCCAAACAGCUGCGAGUCCAGAAGAUCAAGUGCUUGCAGAUGAGCCAGGGGCCCAAGUUGACGCACAGGGCCCAAGCGCAACUGCCACAAAAGACGAAGCUCUAGCAGCUGAAGCAGGCGGCCGGGUCGGUGAAGGGCAGGCACAAGAAGCUGCCGAAGAAACGAAUGCUUCGACGGCAGCGGGUGCUGCAACAGCGCAGAGUGAGGACGCGUUGCAAGAAGUUUUCGAAGAGAAGACUGCAGCGGCUGCGAGCCUGGCAGCAGAAGAGGCUUCACCCUCCGCUGCCCGGACCGGUCAAGCAGACCAGACCGCAACACUCUACGCAGCUCCACAUGUCAAUCACACAGAGGAGCCUGGCACUUCCACAGUUUCUCCGCCUACAAAUCCUGGAAUCGGUGACCUUCAUGAAGCGAAGGUCGCACAGCCAGCCGUCACCGACGCCGUGAGUGCAAAUGAAGUGCCGCAAGAUGGUUCUUUGAAAGAAGAGGCAAACCCCAGCAUUGCACAGUACAAAUAUGGGGAAGCCAACGAGAGCAACGCUACUGAGCAGGUACAGCCAGAUUCAGACGAGACGGGCGCAGGACGAAGCAGAGAUUUGCCAGCACCGCAAGAUGCCAUCUUCACUUCGAGCCGUGGCACAGGGCCUGAAACCAGGCCAGCUAGGCCAUCCCUCAGAGCGACGAGCAAGCAGCAAGAAAGCAGCACGGCACCAGAAAAGACUCUGAACCGAAGUUCUCCGCUGGCAACGGUCGCAGUCCAGUCACAGAGUGACCUGACCAUGAGGAAGUCAAGCUCGUCCCGAAGUGAGACAGUUGCAGAGACUUCGAACGAUCAGGGUGGGAACCAGAGGCUAGCGCGUACAACUUUGAGAAGUGGAAUGAGGCAAGCUGAGCCUGAGCCUGAUGCUUCAAGGAGAUCUCCACCUGCAAUCGUGGGUGAUGUUCAGAGCUAA